UCAGCUGCGGCGCGCAGUUUAGCUUUGCUAGAAAGCAGGAAAUCCUACGAUCGUCGGAUCAUAGCUUUUUUUAACUACCGGUUUGACCGAACUGGUAGCUUUUUUUUACUACUGGUUCGCCCAGAUGGGUAGUUUCUAUCGCUACCGGUUCUCCUGAACUGGAGUGAACCAGUAGCAUUUCACCCCGACUACAUCUGUUGAAAAUCUACCUCAGCUUUUGAAAGUAGAGAGCUUCCUUUCUCUUGCCCAUCUGUUCACCCUGCUGAAGGUCAAGGCAACAUUUUUAGUUCCUGAUUUGUACUAAAAUUUGCAAUCUAUUUUUUUCUCCAUUGCAGACAAGCUGCAGUGGUUAAAAAAAAUAUCCAUGAAAUGGAAGAGUAUCUCAAUAACUGAAAUAAAAUAAAAUAAGACAGGACUUCCCUCAGUUGAACUCUUUCCAUGACUUUAGGGACAUGUUCGUGAAGACUUUUCUUGGCAAUGAUCCAGAAGGGUCUCAGAAGCAGUUUCUUUGCUGCUUUCUGGAGACACAUUCAGCAUUAGGGGGGAAAUAUUAAAAACUAAUCUCAAAUUAUUAUUAAAACAGCUACCAACUUCUUAACAGAAAAGAAAGCUGUGGAGCAAAAUGAAAGAGAGAAAGAGAUUUUUUAAAAAAAUUUUUUUGUAGAGCCAUCUAGAUAUGUCGGUUCCUGAAAUUGCCAGCAAGGCUUAACUAAUGCUGCCUAUGGAAAACCGACCCAGCUACCUCAGGCUGGAAGGAGCUCAUCUCCAAAUUGGGUACCUGAGGGCCAUAUCACCAGUCACCUCCUGCCUGCAGGUUCUUCCUACAAUUAAAGCUUCCUGAAGAGUCUCAGGAUUUGACAGAAAACCCAAAAGACAAUUGAGACUUCCUCUCUCCAUUAAACAAACCGACAACGUCUGAUUUCACUCUCAGGUGCUUCGUCUUCUGCCAAGCUAGCUACAGCUGCAGGACGCAAGCCUAGUUCUCUGACCUUCUCUACUUCUGACCACUUUGUCUGAGUCAGAUUUGUGUCUCUAGUCAGGAUCAAGUAGCAUAGAUCUCUGUAUCCCUCUUCAGGGAAGGGAAGGAAACGAAUGAAGCUGGGUGUGAAAUUUCAGUACUGUGCAGGUUGUCCUUGACUUACAACAGUUCAUUUAGUGACCGUUCGAAGUUACAACGGCGCCGAAAAAACUGGCCUAUUGCCCUUUUUGACACUUAACGACCGUUGCAGCACCCCUGUGGUCACAUGAUCAAAAUUCAGACGCUUGGCAACUGACUCAUGUUUAUGAUGGGUGCAGUGCCCUGGGGUCACGUGAUCCCCUUUUGCGACCUGCUGACGGGCAAAGUCAAAGAGGAAAUCAGAGUCACUUAACAACCGUGUGACUAAUUUAAGUACUGCAGCAAUUCCUUUAACAACUAUGGCAAGAAAAUGGGAUCAAAACUCACUUAACAAAUGUCUUACAUAACAACAUCAAUUUUGGGCUCCGUUGGGGUCAUAAGUCGAGGACUACCUAUAUACAGUUUCAAUAUGCAGAACCUUCAGCAUAUCUUCUACUAAAUGCUGUGUCUUCCUCUCUUGCUUUCUUCCUGCAACUCUCUCUGGAACAUUUCUUCACUGGCUGAAAGACGUCAUUACUAUUCUGCUAAAAAAACACUGGGUGCCCUUUGAGGGGGCCCUUUACUUCUUCAACACCAUCGCCAGCAACUGGACCACAGCCCAAAAAUUUUGUGAGACUAAAAAAUCCAACUUGGCUUGUAUUGAAAGUACUCCGGAAGAAGUGUUUGUUACAAGACAAAUUGCAAAGCAUCCUAAGGACUUUUGGAUUGGGCAUAAUUUCAACAUCACAUGGAGAUGCGUCGAUGGCACAGUAACAAAAGUUUUCUCACCAGCUCCAGUUGGUCAGUGGCAGAUGCUGAACUAUAAGAAUUCUAGAACCUUCAGCAUUACACAGGAAGGACAAUUGAAGCUGUUGGAAGAAGUCCCAAGAAGGAGUUGAACAGCAGGGAUAUAAAACCAUGGUUGACCAAGAGGGACAUGACUAGGAAAAAAAAUCCAAGGGAAAAAAUAUUCAAAAUGAAGUUAAAAUGGAGGAUAGAGAAAUAAGACAAUUACAGGUUCUAAAGGAAGAAAGAGCCUCUGAUAUUUGGCAUACCAACUUGCAUAAAUGGAUUUUGGGUUUCCUGUGCCUGCUUAUGAUUUCCAGCUCAGCCGCAAUAUACACAAAAUACUAUUUUCAUUUGGCCCAUAUCAGACAAAACACCAAUGCCAUGAAGUUGAUUCGAAAUUUUAUUCUACAGCACAAUGAAUCUAUGGAAACACUGAAAGAUUCUGACAUUCUCAAUGAAGCAGAAAAGAUGAUACGUCAAGUGGCCCAAAUGUAUCAAGAAAGGGCUGAAAUGCAGACACUUAUGGAAGACACCCUUGCAAUGAUAAACAAUGGGUGGACGGUGGUGAGCGGCAGCCUCUAUUUUAUCUUUUCCAACUUAAUGACAUUUUAUGAGGCCCAGAAGAUUUGUGACUCCAUAAACACAACGCUGGCUAUUGUCACCCAUCCCCAGGUAGAGUUAUUUCUGGAGUCUCGGUCCCAAACGUUAAACCAAGGAAUCUGGAUUGGUUUGCAAUUUCUCGAGAGAAACUGGCAGUGGAUUGAUGGAAAGACACCAUAUCACACACAGUCCUGUCAGGCCUGGAAAACUGUCAGGUCCAGUAGCUCCAGCUAAAUGUCCGCAACGCCCUCCAAACAAAUUAGAACAAUGUCUCCAAAGCUACAAUUGUGCAACACUUGGCGUUUUCCUGCUCUUCUUUCUGUUUUUGUACACCCUUUGGUAUAUCAGAUUAUGUGCUGUUGAAAAGGCAAAACGGGAUCCACUUCGGAAAGCAAUGACACAACUUAGGUAUUAUAUGAUAAAACAGAAUGCUGAAUUUGGUGCCCUUAAUGGUAAGUAAAGAGUUCCACUCUGAAUGUGCAGAUGCAUUCCUGUCCCCAAGGCCAGUGAGCCAGUGAUGGGAUUCAAUUUUUUUUACUACCAGGUCUGUGGGCAUGGCUUGGUGGGCGUGGCUUGGUGGCGUAUCAGGGGAAGGACACUGUAACAUCUCCAUUCCCUCUCCACUCCAGGGGAAAAGACUGCAAAAUCCCCAUUUCCUCCCGAUCAGCUGGGACUUGGGAGGCAGAGAAUAGAUAGGGGUGGGGCCAGUCAGAGAUGGUAUUUACCGGAUCUCCAAACUACUCAAAAUUUCCGCUACCGGUUCUCCAGAACUGGUCAGAACCUGCUGAAUACCACUUCUGCAUCGAGCCCAUUUUCCUUCCUCUAGCUAGAUUGGUGGGUUACAUCGGAAUGGAAAGUGCAUUCGCAUCCAUCUGCUGCUUAUCUACAACUUUCAGUCCCAGGUCAGAACAAACUAAGAAAGACCAUCGUGGAGGGUGGGUUGGGGAGACAGAAGCUAUCAAAAUUCCCCAUGGGAAAUUCUAAGUGGACUUUGUCACAAUGUCCUUGAGGAGCUACUCAAUCUGCUUUGGGUGACUUGAAGAGGCCUUGAAUUCUUCUCACUGGUUCUGCAGAAGAAUCAGGCGCUAUUAAAAAGUCCAGCUCCUUCCAGACAGUAAAUAAAUUGACAGGCAAUCUACUGACACUCAGGGGAGGAGAUCCAUUCAUUCAUUGCUAACCUCCAGCCUCUCCACCAACCCGAUGCCAGUCCACAUUUCAGACAUUGGUUCUUUUUUUUUUUGCCAAUUCUUUUUAUUUUUUAUUUUUUCUAAAUAUAAUAAUAAAAAAAUUAUUGUGAACAAAUUAUUGGUCAGGUACAUCCUUAAACAUAUUAAAUUUCACCUCCAUUAUAAUCUAAUACAAUAUAUUUUCUUCUCCUUCUUAAAUUUAACUAUUUAUUUGCACAAAUCUAUUUUAAAAAAAAGAAAUUCAAAUUCAACCCAUUCUGAAAGGUAUUUAAAUGAAGUCUAGUCCCCAUAUUUAAUUUCUCAAAACAUCAUUAGUAGAUUUUCUAUUAACUUCUUAAAUUUCACCAAUCUGAACUUUAUAUCUAUAUUACUUAUCAGAGGUCAGACCAUCUAAAAACUCUUUCUUAAAACUGCCCAGCGAUCACAUAGCAAUUUCUUUCUUACAUAGGAAUAGUCCUGAAUUCACAAAGGCUAUUCCUCCUUAUCAUCUUCCUUUGCCUCUAAAUCAAUAACAUAUAUUUAAGAAUUUUCCAUCUAAUCAGUUUUUAAUACCAAACAAAAAAUUUAGCAUUUUAAAAGGGUAAUUACUAGUUGUUUCCCCCAGUUAUUCCUCCAUUGUGUUUAACUGUUUCCUUAGGAGUUUUUAAUCAAAUGAUUUUAUUACCUUACUUAUUAAAAGUGAGAA